GCAUCCUCCAAUGGUGUGUGAUCGGUGAUUCCAAAUAAUUGUUUUCAUUUUUCUACGUAAACUAUAAGCCUCUUGAAAACCUUUCAGCUAAGAUGAGAAACCGAAUUCACGGUUACUCUAUUUUUGUACAGGAAUCACUUGUGUGCCAAAUUCGAGUGCCUCUCUCUGGUUCAGUUCAGUCUUUUCUCCCUCUUCAUCAAGCUUAUUAGCUGCUAGGGCAUGUCAUAGAUGGCCUCCAUGGUUGAAGUGGGAGUGGAGGUGAAGUCCUCCCCAGACAAGUUCUGGACAGCCAUUCAUGCCUCCACGAAGCUAAUCCCCAGGAUCUUCCCUCCCCAUCACAAGAGCAUUCGGAUCAUUGAAGGUGAUGGCAACAGUGUUGGCACCAUCCGGCUCCUGAAAUAUGCCCAAGGAGUUCCACUGAUCACGUUUGCAAAGCAGGUGGCUGAGGAGCUCGACGAUGCCGAUAUCACCGAUGGUGAGAUCGUGAGCUUCUACAAGACCUUCAAGACCACCCUAAAGGUGGAAGCCAGAGGUGACAGCAGCCUGGUUAAAUACUACAUCGAGUAUGAAAAGGUGUAUGAAGAAGUUCCUGACCCGCAUCUCACCCAGGAGAUGGCAGUCGAACAUUAUAAUGAACUGUUCGAUCUAUCCUAAUUAAAUUAAUCAGCCUACU